AUGAAAACCCAUACAGAAGUGUCAAGUCAAAGAAGAAAGGGCAGAAGAGCUUAGCUUGGUGCUCCAUCUAAUCUCAGAUAUAAAUUGAUGAGUGCUCAUUUGUCUAAAGAUCUAAGAAAAAAAUAUAAUGUCAGAGCAUUACCAGUCAGAAAGGAUGAUGAAGUGACAGUGGUCAGAGGCACUCACAAGGGAACCAAAGGAAAGGUUUCAUCAGUUUACAGGAAGAGAUGGACAAUUCAGAUUGAGAAAUUGACAAGAACUAAAGCCAAUGGAAUGCCAUAUCAAAUACCAAUCAGAGCAUCUUAAUGCAUUAUCACUAAACCAUACUUAAAUGAGGACAGAAAACAAUUGCUUGCAAGAAAGGCAUCAGCUAAAGUAUCAACAAAAGGAAAGGGUGAAAAGCACACAACUGAAAGUACAAAGAAGGCUGAUUGAAUUUGAGAAAUGAUGUUGUAGAGAUUUUAUUAUGCAUAAUAAUUUAAAUAUUAAGUUUAAAA